AUGCCAGGCGCAGAAAUCCUUAGGCUCGGCACGGACACACUUCUGCGUAUCCUCCAGUACCUGGAUGUCGAGAGCCUCGCGGCGUUAUGCUGCACCUGCCGCGACCUUAGGAGCGCCGCUGAGACGCCAUCUCUUUGGAAGUCUCUAGCACAUGAGCGCUGGUACCAUGCCCACACGGCGAGCUUCCCCGCUGCCUCAGAACCUGGCGCGUCUCGGGGCAGCAUGCCAAUUGCGCCGAACGCCAACAGGCAAGCGCAAGGCACGGGAGGCUGUGCGACUUCCUGGAAGGGCCUAUUUGCUGGGGGAAACGGCUGGGAGCCGCCCCGCCUGAGGCACACAGCCAAGCUACGGUGCUUGCUUAGCCCAUGCGCCCUACAACUGCUGUGGCUUCCCAACCCAAUCAAUCUUCCCCCCGGGAACGCAAACGCUCCACAAGGCACAGCCGGACUGCUGCUCGCAUUGGGACUAGGAAAAACAUUGGAACUGUGGCAAUUCAGCUCGGCUGCUUUCAAAUUCACGGUCGGUGGCGGCAGCACCACAACGGCAAGGAACCACGGGUCAUCCCCACACGGCCCCGUAACUGGCGAUGCCGGGGCCGCUGCCAACAGCAGCGAUCUAACUCCUUCGACCUGCAGGGAUCGAACCAGCGACUGCAACGCCAGCAACCCUGGGAAAGGCAUUGAUACUAGCACCGGAGGCUGUGAUGGCGGUGGCGGCGGUGAUGGCGGCCUCCUGCUACACAGCCUCCAUGUCGAGGAGGGCGUUAGUUCCGUUGCCUGGAUUGUGGGACCCCCCGGUGGGGCCGGGGGUUCUCCUGGGUGGGCUGGCAGCAGCGGUGGUGGCGUCAGCAGCGCCAGCGCCAGCGGCAGCGACGAGAUGCUGCCUGUCGAUGGAACCGCUGGCCCCUCUACCGGACCCACCCAACGUCCGGCACCGUGCAAACCUGCGACCGCGUCGGCAGCCACAGUACCAGCCAAGUCUGCUAUCGCGGCAAUGAAACCAGUCGUACUGGCGGUUGGCACCAGGCGCGGGAAGGUGGAGUGGUACCGGUACAAUGACGAUGUAAUGCGCCGUCAGGGCAGUUGUCGUAGCACAGACAGAGCCGCCGCUGGCCACUGCAGGGAGUCGUACGGCGACGGCGGCGUUAGCGGCGCUCUGCGGCUGCUGUGCACGACUGACUGCGGCCGCUCUACGCCGCUGGCGGAGAUGCAUCUGCUGCCCGCGUCUGGCGGUGGCGGCGGCGGUGGGCUGCUGGCGGCACUCCAGCGGUCUGACUCCGUUCUGGACUGGGGCGCAUCCCAAAAUGCGGUACAGUUGUACGACGUGGCGUCGCAGCGUCACCUGUUGACGGUGUGCGAACCCCACAAGCCCCGCUCUGCCACCGCCGCGCUCUACACCCUGGACGUGCGCUGUGGUCUGACGCAGCGCUUCGGGUUGCCUCACCGCAGCAUGUAUCCCCGCAUUGCCACGGCGCGAGAGCACUACGUCUUCACUAGCCACGCAGGUAUCGCACUGGAGGUGUACGACAGGCGCGCAAUGUCCGUGCCGUUGUACUCAUGCGCGCGCCUGCCGUGGCGGUCGUCUGGGCAAGAAGAGGGCGAGGAGGAGGAAGGGGGCGAGGAGGAGGAAGAAGGGCAGGAAGGUGUAGGGGUCUUGGAGGAGGAGGAGGGUGAUGUCGGGCCAGUGCACGCCAGCUACUACCCUGACUUUCGGGAAUGCAACCCCGGGUGGAGCAACCGCCCGGCCAAGGCCAAUAUUCGGCACCAGGCGUUGUGGCUCGAGUCCAACGGCGACGUGCUUGUGGGUCGCUCCGAUAACGGUACGCUGUGGGUGUGGGACUUGUCCACUGUGCUCGGCUGGGCGCGCGGUCCGGACCGCAGCGGCCUGUGGCACUGGCUGUAUGAGCACGGUCCUCUGGAGCUGGGGGACGAUUUUACAGCGAUGGCGAGUCCGGAGGCCGCGGCUACGUGGCAGUGGAGUGGUGCCGCCUCAGGGCUGGGGCGGGGCGAGGUGACGACAGCGACGACCGCACUUUUCGGCGAUUCAGCCGGCGGCGGUUCGGGAAUAGAAUUGGGCACGGCGCCGUUUGGCGGUGGGGGCCAGGAUGGGGGAACCCGGUGUGGGAGGGGGCCAGCGGUUGCGGCUGCGGCGCCAGGGAAGCCCAUUUGCUUAGGCUCUGUGGUGCAUGGGGCCGCCAUGCCCUUGUUUGCGCUGGCGACCGGCGCGUCCACGGCUUUGUUCAACUUAGCCUCUGUGCUCUGCCGGGGCACAUUAGAUGUUCGAGACCAACAUAAGGAGCAUUAUCAGAACAACCACAUCUAAGCGCACCCCAGCUACCAGGCAAAGUCGGAGCAUUUGUAUUAACUCACAACCAAGAGUCCUGCAAAUCUGUACAAUAUUGUUGGGCGGUCGCUUUCACCAGAUCCACUUCAUGGGAGCAGUAAUGCAGCG